AGAAAUAUGUAUGUAUUGUAAAUUCCAACUAGAAUAGGGGUUAGGAUCAUUAUUAUACUAUGUUGAAUACAUAUAUAUCAUAGAGGGAAAAACAGAAGCUAAGUGAUAGGAGCUGAAACUUAAUGGGUUCACCAAGUGAAGUGGGAAGAGAAGCAGAGGAAAAUGAUGCAGAAGAAGGAGUAAGUGCUGCUGAAUUGGUGCGUAAAGGAACGUGGAAGCACGCGGCUUUCCAUGUUGCCACCACUAUUGCCACCCCUGCUGCUUAUGCUCCCUUGCCCUUUGCUCUUGCUUCUCUUGGUUGGCCUCUUGGUGUGAGUAGUCUUGUGAGUGCAACACUAGCCACCUGGUACUCUAGCAUUCUGAUCGCUUCUUUGUGGAAAUGGAAUGGGGAGAAGCACCUUACCUAUAGACAUCUUGCACGUAGUAUUUUCGGAUUCUGGGGGUAUUGGUCUGUUGCAUUUUUUCAGCAGGUGGCUUCUCUUGGAAAUAACAUUGCUAUCCAGAUUGCAGCUGGUAGCAGCUUAAAGGCAGUUUACAAGCACUAUCACCAGGAUGGAAAAUUGACCCUGCAGCAUUUUAUUGUUUUCUUUGGAAUCUUUGAACUAAUUCUCUCUCAGCUCCCUGAUAUUCACUCACUGAGAUGGGUAAAUGCAUUGUGCACUUUCAGCACAAUUGGCUUUGCUGGUACAACCAUUGGUGUUACCAUUUACAACGGUAAGAAGAUUGACAGAACAUCAGUAAGUUACAGUGUGCAGGGUAGUUCUGCUUCUAAGUCCUUCAAAGCUUUCAAUGCCCUUGGGACCAUUGCCUUUUCAUUUGGUGAUGCAAUGCUUCCAGAAAUACAGAAUACAGUGAGAGAACCUGCAAAGAGGAAUAUGUACAGAAGCAUAUCAGCAGCAUAUAGUGUCAUUGUAUUAACUUACUGGCAGUUGGCCUUCUCUGGAUACUGGGCUUUUGGAUCAGAAGUCCAACCUUACAUUUUAGCUUCUUUGUCUAUUCCAGAAUGGACUGUUGUUAUGGCAAAUAUAUUUGCAGCUAUUCAAAUAUGUGGAUGCUUUCAGAUAUACUGCAGGCCAACAUAUGCUUACUUUGAGGAAAUAAUGGGGUCCAACAAAUCUAUUAGCCAUUUUCCCUUUAGAAAUAACCUGGCACGACUUACUUAUACUUCCAUAUAUAUGGUUCUUGUGACUCUUAUUGCUGCAGCUAUGCCCUUUUUUGGGGAUUUUGUGUCAAUCUGUGGGGCAAUUGGGUUUACUCCUCUGGACUUUGUGUUCCCUGCUUUAGCAUACCUUAAGGCUGGAAGUAUAGCCAAGAACUCCAAACUUGGGCUUUUGAUGCGGCCAUUAAAUAUUUUAAUAGCAACAUGGUUCUCAAUAGUUGCCAUCUUGGGUUGCAUUGGUGCUGUCAAAUUCAUUGUGGAAGAUAUCAAGAACUACAAAUUCUUCCAUGAUAUGUGAAUGAAUUUUGAACUCCCCCAAAAUUUUUUUCACCUUUUCUCUUUGUGUAAGUUAUAUUUUAUCCUGCAAAAUUUUUGCACAAAUCAACUUUAAAACAGCAACUAUAAAAUUAUACAUUUUA